UACUGUUCUGCAAUGAUCAGAAAUUCAAUUUGUUUGUAUUCUGAUAUAAUAAUUAUUAGUCAAUCUUGGAAAAUCGUAAAAUUAUGAAAGACCGAAAUUCUAAAUUUUUUGCUUUUAAUAAAUGGUGUUAUUAUGAAUAUCAUAUUUAUUAUAAAGCAUAACCUAAUAUAUAAAAUUUGUAAACAUUGAAAAUAUACAGGUGGUUAACUUCCAUAAGAAAAUAGCCUCAAUAAGAAAAUAUUUAGAGCAUUCCUUUAAAAAUGAAAAUAUCGAAAUCUACUGUAAUUCUUUUGGUCUUUGUAUUAAUGUUAUCGAUAUUUGUAGCAAAUGUUGCUGACUUGAUCAAUGUUGAUAAUCAUAUAUUAGAUGAUACCUUGCAUAACACAGACAUGAAAAAAAAAUGGUCACAACCAAAAUUUUAUGAUAUUGGAGCAUCAUUUGAUCAUUUAAUAUGGUUUUUACAAAUAUCAGAUAUACACAUAAGUAUAUUUCAAGAUCCAUUUAGAAUAACAGAAUUAAAAGAAUUUUGUAAUAUUACUGUGGGUACCAUAAAACCUUCUGUUGUGCUUGCUUCAGGUGAUCUCACGGAUGCAAAAGCCAAAGAUAAAAUGGGAUCAAAACAAAUAUUAGAAGAAUGGCAAUAUUAUAAACAUAUUUUAGAUGAUACUGAAGUUAGCAAAAAAACUUUAUGGUUAGAUGUAAGAGGAAAUCAUGAUAAUUUUAAUGUACUAACUCUUGAAUCAAAAAAUAAUUAUUAUUCAAAUUAUUCUAUUCAAGGAAAGAAGCAUCCUAGAUCAUAUAUGUAUACUAUAAAUAUUGAUUCUAAACUAUACACAUUUAUUGCAAUAGAUGCUUGCUUAAAACCUGGUCCACGAAGACCAUUCAAUUUUGUUGGCAUGUUAGAUGAGCAUGAAAUUAAAAGUAUACAUGGUUUAGUAAAUAAAUCCAAAAAUAGUAAUACGGAUUUUAUAAUAUGGUUUGGUCAUUAUCCUACAUCCUGUAUAUUAUCACAAACUAAUAUUAGAAAUAUUAUAGGUAGACAUAAAGAAAGUAUGGUAUAUCUUUGUGGGCAUUAUCAUACUCUUGGUGGCGCAGUGCCUAAUAUGUAUACACUACAACAAGCAGGAUUUCUUGAGUUAGAGUUAGCAGAUUGGAAAGAUAAUAGAAUGUAUCGUUUAGGAGUAAUAGAUCAUGGUCAAUUUUCAUUUAUUGAUAUAAAACAUAAGGAAUGGCCUGUAGUAUUAAUCACUAAUCCUAAACAUGCUUUAUAUAUGAUGCCUAGAAAAGAAAAUAUAAUGUCUGUUAUUAAAUCUACUCAUAUUAGGAUAUUGGCAUUUUCGAUAGCACUGAUAAAAAUUGUUGAAGUUCAGUUAGAUGAUAAACUUUGGUUUGAAUGUGAACACAUUAAAGGACCACUUUAUGUUUUGAAAUGGAACACAACAAACUACAGAGAGGGAAUACAUACUAUUCGAGUAAGAGUUACAGAUAUAGAUGGAAGAGAAACAACAAUAUUUCAACCAUUUGCUCUUGAUGGAUCACGUUUAUCAUUUCGCAUUUUACCUAGACUUAUACUUAUGUCUAAUGUCAGUAAUAUCUUUCAAUUUUUAUUUGGAACAGUAUUGGUUUUAUUAGUAAUUCCAUUAUGUAUACUUCGUUUUCUUCAUAUAUUAUGUGAAAGAAAGCAGAUACAUCGACCAAGAUUCAGAAUAAAAUUUUUUCAUUCAUGGCUUAGAAAAUUGUGGAUAUUAUCAACUGUUGACCGUCUAUUUUUUCCAUUAGUAUUGUAUGCAUUAUAUUUAACAGUUGGUCCAUGGGCAGUUGGUGAAGUAAUAGAAAAUCAAACAGGUAUAAUUUUUGCUUGGGGAACAUUUAUUGGAAAUUCUUUUUUGCCUGGUGCUUUUACUUAUGCUUAUGGAUUUUUCCAAUUAUUUUCUUUCCAUCUACCACUAAUGUUAAUCCUAGCUAAUAGAGUAGAUAAACGGCUACAAAAUACUACUAAGCCAAAUAAUAAACCAUUGUCUAAAAUUUAUUUUAUUUUACAAUAUUUACCAAUAAUAUUAUUAAUUAUUAUGCAAACAUGUAUGGCUUAUUUCUUCUGGCUAGCAUAUGGAACAUUAGCUACUAUAUUAUGUCCCUUACGCACAUGGAGUAUUUUUUUAGCAAUGAUGUUAUGGCAUCAAGUAAAUACUAUGCCACAUUCAUGUUUAAGGUCUGCUGCAAAAAUAUGGUCUCCCCUUGGGUAGUUUAUAGAAGGUACAAUAAUUUACUAUGAUAAUGUAA